CCUCAUCAAAAUCUUGCAGCACACCAAUCCAUUGAAGCAAAUUAACAUUUCUCUUGCAAAUUUCGAUCUAGCUAGAUCAUUUGCAAAGCUUGUUUGUUGAUCGAUCGAUGAUGGGGCCGAACGUGUCGUCGGAGAAGAAGGCGUUGGCGGCGGCGAAGAGGAGGGCGUACGUGACGUUCCUGGCCGGCGACGGCGACUACUGGAAGGGCGUCGUGGGGCUCGCCAAGGGGCUCCGCCGCGUCCGCUCGGCGUACCCGCUGGUGGUCGCCGUGCUCCCGGACGUCCCCGGCGAGCACCGGCGGAAGCUGGUCGAGCAGGGGUGCGUGGUCCGGGAGAUUCAGCCGGUGUACCCGCCGGAGAGCCAGACGCAGUUCGCCAUGGCCUACUACGUGAUCAACUACUCGAAGCUCCGCAUCUGGGAGUUCGUGGAGUACGAGCGGAUGGUCUACCUCGACGCCGACAUACAGGUGUUCGACAACAUCGACCACCUGUUCGACCUCGACAAGGGCGCCUUCUACGCCGUCAAGGACUGCUUCUGCGAGAAGACGUGGAGCCACACGCCGCAGUACGACAUCGGCUACUGCCAGCAGCGCCCCGACGAGGUGGCGUGGCCGGAGCGCGAGCUCGGCCCCCCGCCGCCGCUCUACUUCAACGCCGGCAUGUUCGUCCACGAGCCCGGCCUCGGCACCGCCAAGGACCUGCUCGACGCGCUCGUCGUCACGCCGCCCACCCCGUUCGCCGAGCAGGACUUCCUCAACAUGUUCUUCCGCGAACAGUACAAGCCCAUCCCCAACGUCUACAACCUCGUUCUCGCCAUGCUCUGGAGGCACCCGGAGAACGUCGACCUCGACCAGGUCAAGGUCGUCCAUUACUGUGCAGCGGGUUCGAAGCCAUGGAGGUUCACCGGGAAGGAGGAGAACAUGAACAGAGAAGAUAUAAAGAUGCUGGUGAAGAGGUGGUGGGACAUCUACAACGACGAGAGCCUCGACUACAAGGAGGAGGAGGACAACGCCGACGAGGCCAGCCAGCCGAUGCGGACGGCGCUCGCCGAGGCCGGCGCCGUCAAGUACUUCCCGGCGCCCUCCGCCGCGUAGGCGCGCUCGUCGCCGGCAGUGGCCGCCGUCAAGUCUUGAUAGCUACAAUAAUAAUUGGCGCUUAUUAAGGAGUGCUAGCUAUGAUUAAUUAGGGGACAUGAUCUGCAUAAACAUUUUAGUAUUGCAGAUAUAUCGGUCAUGGUCUUACUUUUGAGUGUGUUUUUUUUUCUUUUGUUUAGUACGAGGGAACACCCAAAGUCUGUAUUCAGUUUGUAAAUACGUACGUAUAUGGUUGGUCUAACUAUAAACAGAUCUGCCUACUAUACAUGUACGUUACUGCUGAUACAUUUUGUAGUUAAUAAAGGUUUUUCUUCUAUAUACCUUUGUACUAGCUUC